CUUCUCGAAAGGAAUGCAUACCGUAUUUGCCCAUUCGCUAUCUCGAUCUAGAUGGGGCAUUAACUUCAAGGCAGCCACGAACGCGCCAUCCGGCAACAUUGACAGAGCCUGCACCGACGCUAAUGCCAUCCCUGAAAGAAGCACAAAAGCUUCCCCUUUCUCAUGAUCAUUCAACUGCUCAAGCGCUCCCACUCGUUUAGCUAGCUCACUGUCCAUCACUCGAAGCCCUCUUUCAAACCCUAGGCAUAGAAAGAUUUUAGGUCAGGCUGCGCAAUCCCUAAUAGCAAUCCCUGAUGGACGACAUGGAAUGGGUGCGGCGUGUGUGCCGCGCGAUGGAGCCGCCACCCACCGAGCCUUGGCAAUUGGAGAAGGCACUAGGGGCGCCACUGCUGGAGCGAUUGCCGGUAUCGUGGAAGCGAUUAGCGCAGCUAGAGGGUGUGUUUGGCCGUGACAAGGCGGCGGCGCUCUUUGCUUCGCCGGCGGAAUGCCAGGCCGAGGACGUCUCCACGGUUGCGUCACUUGUGCUGAAUCGCGGCUACCAGUUUCCAAGCUGGGAGGAUCUCCACAGCCUGUGCUUGACAGGAAUGUGGGAAGUGUGCCUUCGGUAUCUGGAUCCAACAAUGCAGGAAGUUCUAGCUCCAGGCACAAACUCCGUGACCAUGGACGAAGCGGAGACAAAGUCUUGGCCGGAUCUCCUCUUGUUUGCCAAGAAAAGGCUGGUUUUCAAGAGCGAGCACCGCGCUCGUCGUGAGGAGCUUGGAUCAGCGUGGUCGACCCUGGCAUACAGCCUAGGCAAUAUAAGUCCGUGCUUCCAUCGCGGCUUGGAUUGGACCCUUGGAGCAGCCACUGGCGCUAGAAUGCUCAGGUUUGGAGUGUUUUGGCCGGAUGGGGAUAUGGUCCUCUCGCCACUGCUCGACAUCGGCUACGUUUCUUCCAGGUAUGAAGCUAUCAAAAGCUCCACAAAUCUCAUCAGGAUCGCGCUCUCGUGGUUAUCGGUCUUGGAGGAGUCCAACCACACGAUGCUUAUGCCAUACCAGGCCGUGGCAAGUCAUGUUUAUGGCAAUGGAAACAUCACCAGGAAACUAGAGAUAGUAGACGGGAUUGCCAUCAAAACGAUCCAGCCAUGGAAGUUACACGAGCUACACGGAUACUCCAAGAUGGAAUACGUGGAGAGAGCUUACAGUGUGAAAUCCCGGCAUGUAGCUCGCUUGGACUGGCAACGUGAUAUAGUCCGGGACGACGUUUACAGGGUCCAGAGCAAGGUGUUUGGAUUCCCAGCACGUCCAACGCAGCAAGAACAGCUUGUGCAAGCAGUGAAGCAUACUUUGCUGGGACUGGAUGCUCUCCAUGGAGCCGGGCUCGUUCACAGGGACUUGGAAUGGAGCAAUGUGAUAUACAACGAGGUGCUGCAGGUGUGGGUGAUCCAGGGAUUGGAGUGUGUUUGGAAAGCAGGAGAAGUUCCGGUGGUGCAAGGUCAGUGGACGCAGGAGGUCCUGGUGGAUGGGAAGUAUACUAGCUCCUCGGACCUGUGCUUGAGUGGCUAAACUGUAAGCUUGCCAACGGCAAGAAUCGUUUUUAUAAGAUAAGGUUUGCUGUGAGCCCUUUCA